AUGUCCUCAACAGCUGUACCAGAUCCGAGCUCUGGCGGAAGCAGUGGCGGCAAUACGGAGCUCAUUAUUGCCGUGGUUGCGCUGGUCAUCUCCGUCUUGGCCUUUGUCAUUGCGAUUCUCCAGGCACUGCAGCAGUAUCUCGCCACAGCAACUGGCUUUUCAUCGUGCAGUGAAGCCGUCAUAGGAAAAUGGGCACAGUUUACUCGGCGCCGGAUGAUCUGGUCCGAGUUCCGCUUCGAGGUCCAGUUCGAGGCCCCAGUUAUCUUCGUCGCCAAACCCAGCAACACCAGGGGACCGUUGGGAGAUGAUGCUCUCGCCAAGGACGAAAGCAAAAAGAUCAUUCGCCUCGAUGGCGGUAAUGAUAACUUCAAGUACACAGAUACUGUCAAGGAAUUUGACAACGAGUACAAGCAGAGCACGCAGCGCAUCAUUCACACGGCUGAUAAUGAGAAGGCCACCUGGUAUGCCUUGCUCAUGGCUAUUGUGAGGAUGGAGAAAGAAUCUCGUGAGUGGCAGAGCAAGAAGUCAGCUGAGUGGCUCAAAGCGGCUGGUCCACGCCCACCAAUUGACACAGAAGAGCCUCAUGCUCACCACUCGCUUCUCGUCUGCAUGCAGAGAAAGAGGCGCACGUGGGAUAGCAUGCCCAAAGACUUUGCAAAACCUUAUGCUACAACUACAAUAUCGCAUCUUGUAGAGAUUGCUGGAAUGCUGGGCAUUCAUUGGAGGAAAUUUGACCUCAAUAACGACCAGUAUCGCGGUCAAGGCAACGGGUUUGUUCUAUAUGGCUCAUACACGGACGGUCUUGGUAUCACCUUCAACUUUCAGAAGCAAGGACCAACCUGGUUCGAGAAGAACCGGGUGAUCCCCCACUACAACGUCAAGCAGCUCUGCUUUGGCAUGGCCCCAACGAUCUUCAACCAGGAGAAGAAGGUGUAUGCCGACGAGGCCAAAGGAGCUGAGAGUCUUCAGUUGGGAAGUUUGACUGAAAUUGCGAAGACGCUGGUGGUUCUGGGAUGUGAUAUCAACACAGUCAACUAUUUCCGGAAGCAUGCUGAUCAAGCACGCCAUAGCCAUCUGUUUGCUGUUCCAUUCGAGAUCCUUGGCAUGGUUGGGGAAAUGUUUCAUAUAAAGGGCACCGUCUUCCGUAUGCUCCCAAACCCGACCGUUUUCUACUGGGAUCCCAGCUCUUUUUCUCUGUCAGCACUAAUGACAGCAUACAUCACCUGUUUGAGGAGUCUCCAUGAGAACACACUAAAGGAUAGCGAGCAAAUAAGCAGAAUACUCAAGUGGGCACAAUCGGACGAAAAGUUUCCGCUCCUGCGAACUGAAGGAUCAACACUAGAUGUUUUUGGCGAAGACAUCAACGGAGUAAAUCUGGUCAACCAUCUCAACAAUCUACGUGCCGGAGUCGAAUUAUGUGAUGAGUACUUUGGCAGGAUGAAGAAACCGGGAUUGUCCAUGAUUAAGAGAGUUGUGCGCAUGCAUAUUCAAGAGGUUAUGGGCAUUCUACACGAAAAGAAUGAAACCGACGAUAACACGAAGAAGGACGGCACUGAUGAAGCCUUUGACGACGCACCUAUUACUAUUCACGACAUUGAUUCGGCAUCAGGCGAAGACAAGGAGACUCUUCUGAUUCAAAUGUACUUUGACCGCGUUCGACAGAACGUCGUCCGGAACAUCGGCAAACAGGGCCUGCUAAGCAAGCGCGUGAAAGCAAGACAAGAUUCCUUUGUCUCGGAAGAUGAUAUAAGCACGAGUCGCCCCAAGCCUGUCGGAAGGUUUGGAGAUAACGAGGUCAACGAGGCUUGGUGCAUUCUUCUGUUCCGUAUGCUGUGCUGGUUACAAUUGCAUGAUUUUCACAAAAUGGAUAUUCAAAUCAGCAAAAGUGAUGCUUAUGCAAGUCGCAUCCCGGUUUAUAUUGUCUGA